AUACUUUUUUUCUUAUCUUAUGAAUUGUAAUGUUGGCCUCCCUGUCGCAAAAAGUUCAUUGCCUAGUUGAUAUAUUGACUUCUUUCUGGUGAAAAAAAAAAUUACUUGAUCUGGCUUCAGCUAGUAUCUUUUGAUACAAUUUCAUGAAAAACUACUGAAAAAAAGUACUUAGAAGCACAAUGUGGGAAAACAAAAUGUUAUAUAUAUAUAUAUAUAUAUCGAUCUUAAAAAGUAUGUGGAGAUUAGAAAACUAUUUGAAAAAGAUUUGAAAAAUUGUAAUCCUUUAAAAAAGAGAGAUGGGCAACUCAUUCGUUGCCGCGGGCCACACAGUACACGACUAUCCAUAAGAGAAAAGAAAAAAGAAAACGAAAAAGGAUCGAUUUAUUAUAAAUUGAUUUGAACGUACCCCGAGCGUGCCAUGACAAACUUCGUAGAAAUGAGUAAAUGGGAAAUGCCUUAAUUUUUAUCCUAUACGAUUAUUAUCGUUAAAGGAUAUUCCAUAAAUGUUCUUCCAUAAAUAAACUUCCGAAGAAUUUCGAUGAAUAUUAAUUUCAUUUAUACAGUAUAAUAUAAUUUAAAUCAAAUUGCAAUACAUAAUAUUACUUUAUAGGUGGACCAUCAAUAUUGUAAAAUUCUCGGAAUUAUUUAUGAGUUAUUAUUACAUUCUGUGUUUGCGAUAAAUUCAUAAAUCGUCCAAAUAUAUUAUGAAUGAUGUUUUUAUUCAUUCGAUUGGCUAUAUAAGUAUUCUUCCGUCAUCAAGAUUAAUAUUAAUCAAGGAAAGGCGCAAAUGUUCUAUCCUUUUUUAGAGAUUGAAUAAAUUAAAGGUAUAGCAUAGUCGCUGCUGACGUUGCAGGAAAAACAUUCGCUAUUAUUACACAUGUAACCCAUAUAAUUUGUUACUCCUGGCAACCGGUUGGACAACGAACACUUAAAAUACUCACGUUAAUGUUCGAUUUUGUUAAUACGCAAGUAUUUCUUAUCAGAACCGAUAUCUUCAUCUCUAAUUAUCAUUAAUAGAUAAAUUAUUUAUCUAUCUUAUGCAUGUCACAAUUCAAUUUCUUUACUUUAAUUCUUGAACUUAAUAAUUAUUAGAAAUUAUUUAUCGUAAAAUUAGAAUACUCUCGUCAUUGUUUGCUUCGUUCACGAAGAAGACAAAUAUAAUAUCUAUGUACGUGACUUUAAAAAAGAAAAAUAAUAUCCUUGCUCUUUCACGCUGUAAUUAUAUACACGCCACGCAGAUAUUUGACUCGCAAUAGUAUAAUUUAUUCGAAAUAGUUUGCGUGUCCUCACUGUCACCGACAUCUCCAGUACCGUCAUACUAAUAGCCCUCAGAGUUUCCUCGACAUAAUGAUCGUAAAAUUUCUAAUAAAUAAACCUUAGAGUUCUCUCUUCUAUUUGCCGUUGAAUAGCAUUAAGUUAUUCUCGCUCGUAGCUUACCAAAGGACUGCAUUCCUCGAGAAACCUUUUAUAAUAAAUAAUUACAACUUGGCUGAAAGCAAUUACAAUUAUUGUUGAAUAAAAAAAAAAAAUACCUAAUAAAAUCUCGAAAUUGUUACGUUCAUCAAUAUUUUCAUUUCUUUUUCCAAAAUGUUGCGCCGUAAAAGGGGUGCCAGAAAGGUGAUAAGAAAAAUGGCAAAGAAAACAAUACCGACGGCACUUCAGACUGAUGUUACUAAUGACGAUGAGUGGGCUAAAAUCUUAACUAAAAAGGGCUUGUUAGUAGUUGAUAUCUAUGCCGCAUGGAGCGGACCAUGCACAGGUAUGGUGAGCACAUUAAAAAAGAUAAAAAUGGAAAUUGGCGGCGAUGCUUUAAAUUAUGCUACGGCGAGAUGCGAUGAUAUAACGGAUCUUCAGCGUUUUAAAGAAAAAAGCGAACCCAUUUGGAUGUUUAUUCGUGAUGGCAUGAUGAUUAAUUUAAUGUUUGGCGCACAUUGUCCACAGCUGGUGAAAAUGUUGACCACCGAAUUUCAACGAAUUCAAAAUGGAGAGGAAUCGGAAUUCUCUAUAUCUGUAAAUGAAUGUAGCCCAGAAGAAAAUAUACGAAUGCGCAUCGCUGAGGAAGUCCGAAUAGCUAAGGAAACAGAGAAGAAAGCUCAAAAAGAAGCAGAAGCCAAAGAGAAAUAUGAAGCAGAAAUGGAUCAUUUAAUUAAUUCGUUAAUCGAUGAAACUUGUCUCUUAUUGUAUCCGUGGAUAUUUAAGGACGAAGAAGGACAUAAAAGGGAUAAGAAAUGUAGCCCACCGUAUCUGGAAUUAAUUGAAGAAAUUUUACCAGGAAAUUAUACUAUAGAACAGGAGAUACGAAAGCGAUUGAAUGAAGAUAUCCUUGAUAAAAUGUCUCACGAGUCCGAUUAUGUACUUACGGAUCACGAAAGACAAUUAAUUUUAGACGGCAAAUGUAUGCUUAUGCGUUUGAGAAGAAAUGAAUCUACGAAUGAAUUGGACGUUCAUCAGCAUUUGCUUACAUUACUCUUCGGAGAAGCAGUAUUAUUUUCGCCGGAUCAAUGCUUCACGGAUGAGACCUAUUGUGGACGACAUCGACCAGCAUUAAUAUCAUCUGAAAUGGAAAAUGAAUCGUUUCCCGUUGCAUGGACUCCACCGAAUGCCAGAAACAAGGCAACUGUAUUUCGUUUGAUCUUCAGCAAAUACACAAAUACUAAAUACCCAUACGAGGAUAAGAUAAAAAGAGAACCGAUAAUCAUUUUCAAAUACGACAGUACGAGGAAAAACGAGUUGAAAAUGGUUUUGGAAAUGUAUACUGACGAUAUCGUAGAUUUUGGAGUUUUUGAGUGUGAUAAACCUUCAAAUAUAAAGAUGAUAGCUAAAUCUAUCGAAGAAUUUGAAUUAAGUACUUUAGAAAAAACUGGUUACGAAGUAUUUAUAUGUACUGUUAAGAAAAUAGGACGUGAAGCAUUUUUGGCAUUUGCCGGUAUUGGUCCUUUCUAUGUUAGCGAUAAUCACGAAAGUGCAAUAGAAGAAUCAAAAUUAUAUUUUCCAACCGUUAGUGCGUUAGAAGAGAUACAGUCUGAUGACGAGGAUAAACCAGAAGACGCAAUAAAUAAUGCAGUUACGCCAGAAAGUACUGAUUUAGAUUGUAGUGUGAAAAAGGAAUAAACAGAAAUAAUACAUGAAAACAAAAGUGUAACUCC